AUGGCUAAAAGCGCAAUGACUCAUUGCUCUCAAGAAGCCAUGAAAGAAAAUAAUACAUUAUUGGAGAUAACUCAAAACCCAAACGACUUAGUAAGUACCGAAAAGCCAAAUUUCAUUGAGGAUGGUCCCACUGAAGACUACCCAGAAUAUACCGAAAACGACGAUGUUACUGAAGCCAAACAAAAGUUUUAUGAUACCCUCUUGAAUGUCGAGGAAAUUUGUUAUGUAAACGGUAAAAAUUACAUAAAAGGUUUGGUAACUGGCGAAGGACAAACAAUGUUGAAGACAGACGAUGUAAAUGUAGCUACUUUAAAAGAACGAGGAGUAUUUUUUUGCGAUGUAACUCUAAACGCUUCAACAGUACAAUUGACACCCACUUGCGACUUUAAACACACCCUGGAACCUCAAAGUGUAGUGCUGUGUGCAAUUUCAAAAAACAUAUUUUGGUGGUUUAAACAUGAAAAAUUGGUUACACCCAUAGCCAUGGUGAUGUUUAACGAACAGGAAUCAAGCCAUUUCAAACACCAUUAUCAAUUGGUGUUAAAUAUAAAGAACAAAAUUAAUAUAACGGAAUUUUAUGAGGAUGAAUUCGUUUACAAGGGUUUAUCGGUUUAUCGCAUUAUAGUAUUGGGUAGCUAUACAAUUAUGUUUCAUAAUAUAACCAAUCAAAAAUACAAGGUAAUUAUAAACAUUUUUAUUUUAAAUAUAAAAAGGGUUUUCCGAAUAUUAAUAAGAAUGUCAAAACUUUUGAAACUCACGGCCCGGAUUAAUCCUUAG